AUGCCGUUCCUCGGAAUUCUCGACGACACGAAGCUGCCGCACGUCCCCGGCACCGUCAUACUCGAAGAAGACGCCGCGCAUUCGCAGGACGUGACUGGCGGCCUCAAACAUGGCACGGGGCGCAAUGCGCACAUCGUGCUGGUGCCACAGCCUUCCAACGAUCCCAACGACCCACUUAACUGGCCGUACACCAAGAAACUCACGGCCCUGGGCAUCACCUGCUGGGGGUCGAUCCUCUACGCCGCCGUGGUGAGCGCCAUGCUCAACUCGGCCUUCUACGAGAUGUCCAUCGAGAUCAACACCACCAUCCCCAAGCUCGUGCUGAGCUCGGGCUACCAGACGCUGGUCAUCGGCGUGACGGGACCCCUAUUCUCGGCCCUGUCGCGGAAAUGGGGCACCCGGCCCAUCUUCCUGUUCGCGUCCGUCUUCUGCCUCAUCGCCGACAUCGUGGGCUCGUGCGUCGACACCUACCAGGGCGUGCUCACCUCGCGGAUCCUGCAGGGGUUCGCCAUCGCGCCCUACGAAUCUCUGGUCUUCACCCUGAUCAGCGAUAUGUUUUUCGUCCACGAGCGUGGCAUCUACGCGUCCUGCAUCAAUUUCAUCCUGGCCGGCAUCUCGAAUUUGACCGGUGUGGUUGCGGGCCCGAUUGCGUCGAAUAUCGGAUGGCGAUGGCUCUAUUACCUCCUGGUCCUGUUCGGCGGGAUCCAGACCAUCCUCCAGUUCCUGUUCGUCCCCGAGACCAGCUACGUCCGCGAUCGGCGCUACGAGAUCGACGAGGUCAAGAACGACAACCUCCAGGACCUGGCCGCGCUCGAGUACCAGGAGAAACUGAACAUGGAGAAACCCGGCGUGGCCACCCACGCGGAGGAGACGGGCGCGACGACGACUCCGGCCUCGGACGAGGCGCGUGUCUACCACAAGAAGACGUGGAUACAGGAACUGGCCAUCUUCAGCGGCACCUACUCGAAUGAGAACUUCUUCCAGCUCCUCCUCGCGCCCUUCGCCGUGGUCCUCAACCUCGCCGUCCUGUGGAUCCUGAUCAUCAACUCCAUGUACGUGGUCCUGUACGUGGUCAUCGCGUUCUGCCUGGCCCAGCUCUUCGCGCCGCCGCCCUACCUCCUGAGCCCGGCCAGCAUCGGCUACCUCUCGCUGGGCCCGUUCGUGGGCGGCAUCCUCGGGUCCGUCAUAAUGGGCACGCUCUCGGACCCCUUCAUCAAGUGGUGUGCGCGCCGCAACCGGGGCGUCUACGAGCCCGAGUACCGCCUGAUCCCGUGCGUGCUGGGCGUGUGCUCGGGCGCGGGCCUCAUGCUGUUCGGGCACCUGGUGUCCGAGGGCAAGUCCCCCUACGCGUGCGCUACCGUGCACGGCCUGAUGCUGUUCGGGGUGAUGUUCCUGUGCAUCGGCACGUCCAACUACGCGCUGGACGCGUACCGUGGCAUGGCCAACGAGAUCUUCAUCGCCAGCAUGGCCGUCAAGAACCUCAUCCUGUAUGGCUUCAGCUACUUUGUCAACAACUGGACCGCCCAGGUCGGGCCCCAGCACGCCUUCUACGUCUGGGGCGGCGUUGCCUUCGCCCUCAUCGCCACCCUACCCUUCAUGUUCUUCCUGGGCAAGAAGUACCGCAGCUACUGGGCGAGGCAUAACCUGCUCGAGAAGAUGCAUAUCCGGACCCACGAGGAGUAG